AUGACACAUCUCUACAUGCUCAAUCUCUGGAAGGCACCGAGAGGUGUGAGAGACAGCAGAAACCAGAGCAGAUUUGAGCAGGUACACACUGGGGAAAAGCCUUAUUCUUGUGAUGAAUGCAAGACUUGUUUCACCGAGUCUGGCAGUCUGAAGGUUCACAAGCGCAUGCACAGUGGGGAGAAACCCUUCAAGUGUGACCAGUGUGAUGUGGCUUUUAGUGGAGCGGGAAUGUUAGCCACCCACAAGAGGAAGCACACAGGAGAGAAGCCCUACAUGUGUAACGACUGUGGGGAAACUUUCCGCCUCCUGUCCACGUUAAAGAGUCACAGGAGGAGACAUACAGGGGAAAAGCCCUUUGUGUGUGAGAUUUGUGAUUCAUCCUUUACACAACGGGCAGCUUUGCAAAGACACAAGCGUAUCCAUUCUGAUCAGAAGCCUUGGGUGUGUGACCAGUGUGGCUUCAAAUUCAGGGAGAAGGAGAACCUAAGAAAGCACAUUGCCCUCCACAAGAUCAAGUCCCAACAUAUGUGCAACGUAUGUGGGGCAGGGUUCAAACAAGCCAAGAAACUGGAGACUCACAAGAUGUUGCACAAUGGAGGUGAUCGUCCCUAUAGGUGUAAUAAGUGUCCUUCCACAUUCACUAAUCCAAAAUACUUGACACAGCACAAAAAACGAGUCCACAACAGAAAAGAUUCUGUCAUUCAGUGUGAUGUUUGUAAUGCUACAUUCAAGAGAAAAGAAACAUUAAGAUCACAUGUGCGUAUUCACAAGGGGGACAAGGGGGAUGGUGUUUAUGUAUGUGGGGAGUGUGGUGCGACUUUCAAUCAGAGAGGAACACUGACAAAACACAUCAGAAUCCAUAUUGCAUCUCAUGAAGCCAAGGACAACAAGAGUAAUGUGUUUGAGUGUAAAACAUGUGCUAAAAGCUUUCACGAUAAAAAAGGCCUUGAUCAUCACCUUGAGAGUCAUUUCCUUGAAAAUGCAAAUGCAGAGGAUGUUGCAUACAGUUGUCCAAUAUGCCACCAAGGCUUUUCUAGCCAGAGGAGCCUUGUGAAGCACAAGAGAGCAAAUCACCCAACACAGAGAAGUGCAAGUAAAAUAGCCCUUGACCAGGAUGUUGAUGAUAGCACUGUGCACAUUAGAGAUAAGUACAUAUGUGAGGACUGUGAUCAAACAUUUUUCAGGAGAAGGCAACUAAAGGCUCACAAGGAGUUUUGCCCAUGCAGAAGUUCGUCUCCCCAGCCAGAAUCUCCAGAAGCACUUGCCGAGAGCACGCCACCUCUUCAAAAUGACUCCAAGGAAGUGGAUGCGAUGAAGCUGCUGACAGCUGUAUUGGCUGUAACUAGUGCAGACACAAGUGACAAUGUCAACUGCCAGCAGCCACAUGCACGAGGUUCCUCACCUCCACCUCUCCUCUCUCAUCCUCCAUCUCAUUCAGUACAUCGGUAUCCAUCCCCCAGUGUUAUAACUACUCAGGAUUCUCUCUUCCAUCAGACCCCACAGCAUCACACGCACCAGUUGCAGCAGUCAUUCCCACAGACUUCUGUGCAACAGCUUUCCCACCAGGAACACAUGCAGCAACCUUCACAUUCUCAUCUCCAGCAGCAGUCACAACAGCUAGAUCAUCUCCAACAGCAUGCAAGACAGCAGGGACACAUGCAGCAGCAGCAACAGUCUCAGCAGCAUGGCCAUAUGCAGCAGUUACAGAGACAGCAAAGUCAGCUACAACAGUCUUCACAGCAUGAACUUCAGCCCUCAACCAGACAACAAACUCAUCUUCAUCACAGCCAGUUGCACCAGCAAGUGGAACAAGAGACUCACAUUCAACGCCAGAAUCAUGUACAUCAUCAUCACCAUUUACAGUUCAGUCAUGAAGUGCAGCAGCAGUUCUUCAAGCCAUCCUCACUAUCCUUAUCAACUCAGCAUCACAAUCACCAGCAAGAGGAAGACAUCCUUUCACAGCAUAGUGCCAGUCUAAACAUUCCCCAAGACCUUGACGAAUGCAGCCACCCCCACGAAUCCGGGCACACACAGCAGCACCAUCUCCACAGCCACCUUGACCAGUCCAGCCUUGAAGAGCACAACACCAACCUCAAACACCAUCACAAGCACCAUCACCUGCACUAAUUUCAUAUGGUUAUAGUGUCUGUUAACCCUCCCAAUCGUUAGUGUACUGUCAUUCUACAGUGCACAUAUAUAUCAGUGCCUGUUUAUAAACAAUAGUAAUGAAAAAUAUUGUUAUAUUUUCAGUGUGAUAUAGCUACUGGUACAUCUUGUUUAUGGUGACUGCACCACAUAGCUACUAGAGAAGAAUACUUUCAUGUUCUUCAAGUCUAUUUAUAGUUUCUAGUUAACAAAUUAAUUAAAAACAUGAGGAGAAAAGCAUUCUUUAUGGUAGAGUAAA